GCUGGUUAGGACAUAGAUCCAUUAUUUAACCCUUUGUAGUACACUUUUGUAUUUUAGCCUUAAUAAGGCGGGGACACUGUAGUUCAUGCAUCCUGCAGUUCUUGUGAAAAGGAAAUUUGCCAGGGCGCAUUAACGUGAUUGUUACAAUGCAGGCAAUAUGUUUCAAAGAACCAGGUGGUCCAGAGAAUCUGUAUUUAGGGCGAGUCCCUAAACCUGAACCUAAAGAUGGUGAAGUCCUUGUUAAAGUCUAUGCAACAGCUGUAAACAGGGCUGAUGUGUUACAGAGAAAAGGUCUUUACCAAGUACCUCCAGGAGCAAGUGAGAUCCUUGGCCUGGAGGCUGCAGGGGUGGUCAGUGGUUUUGGCACUGGAGUCAAGAGCAAUUUUAAAAUAGGCGAUAAGGUCAUGGCCUUGCUUUCUGGAGGAGGAUAUGCACAGUAUGUUGCUGUGCCUGAGCAACUUCUCAUGCCAGUCCCUUCACAUCUCUCACUAUAUGAUGCUGCAGCAAUCCCAGAAGCCUGGCUGACUGCUUACCAACUUCUGCACUUAAUAGCCCAUGUAAAGGAAGGAGAGUCAGUGUUAAUUCACGCUGGAGCUAGCGGUGUAGGCACUGCAGCCAUUCAGCUUACUCGUUUGUUUUGUGCUGUUCCACUUGUGACUGCUGGAAACCCUGAUAAGUUAAAGGUGGCAGAAAAACUAGGUGCAGCAGCUGCAUUCAACUACAAAGAAGGCGAUUUCUCUGAUAAGGUUCUGCAGUUCACUCAAGGCAGGGGGGUUGAUGUCAUCCUUGACUGCAUAGGUGGAUCUUUUUGGGAAAAAAAUGUGCGUAGUUUGGCUACGGAUGGAAGAUGGGUGCUCUAUGGUGUUAUGGGGGGGAAAGCAGUGAAUGGAGACUUGCUUGGCAAGCUUUUAUUUAAGCGUGGCCACCUUCUCAGCAGUCUCCUCAGGUCACGGAGUCUACAAUAUAAAGCUAAACUAGAGAGCUUCAUUGAGCAGGCUUUGCCACACUUUGAGACAACAGGCCUUCCCACAUCACUGAGGCCAAUAAUCGACACAGAGUUCAACAUGGAAGACGUUACUAAGGCACACAGACACAUGGAGGCCAACAGAAAUACUGGAAAAAUCAUAAUCAAGAUUUCAGAUACUUGAUUAGAUUUCUCAUACUGAUCAUCUCUAUAUCAUAUGUUAUGUCUGUUAUAUUUUCAAGUGUAUGCUCAAGUGUGGGCCAUUCUAAAGCAUUUCAUGGCAUAAAACGUAAUAAAGAUUAAUGUUUAAAUUCA